AUGAAAGUGGCCCAGGAAGGGAAGCCCAUCUGCUGCUACAGCUGUCUUCCCUGUGCAGAAGGAACCAUCUCUACCAUGGAAGAUGCAGAACAAUGCAGCAAUUGUCCAGAAGAUCAACAUCCAAAUGACAACCAAGAUAGUUGUAUCCCUAAGAUUAAGACUUUCCUAUCGUAUCAAGAAAAAAUAGGUGUUAUCCUAACAUCCAUUGCCUUGUUCCUCUCUUUAGUCACAUGCUUUGUCUUGGGAACCUUCAUUAAAUUCAAAGAAACUCCCAUAGUCAAAGCCAACAAUCGGGACCUCUCUUAUAUCCUCCUUGUUUGUCUCCUGCUUUCCUUCUUCACUUCCUUCUUGUUCAUUGGCCAGCCAAGGAGAUCCACUUGCCUUCUUCGACAAACAGCCUUCAGCAUCAUCUUCUCUGCCGCCAUUUCUUCAGUCUUGGCCAAAACCAUCACAGUAGUGCUGGCUUUCUUGGCCACAAAACCAGGGAAUCAAGUGCAGAGAUGGCUGGGAAAGAGUUUGGCCAACUCCAUUAUACUUUCAUGCUCUGGUUUUCAAGUUGUUCUCUGCAGCAUCUGGUUGGGUGCUUUCCCGCCAUUCCUUGAGUCUGACAUGCAUUCACAAUCUGCAGAAAUCAUCCUACAGUGCAAUGAAGGCUCUGUCACCAUGUUUUAUGGGGCCCUUGGCUACAUGGGCUUUCUGUCCACCAUCUGCUUCACAGUGGCUUUCCUGGCCAGGAAUCUGCCUGGGGCUUUCAAUGAAGCCAAGUUGAUCACCUUCAGCAUGCUGGUCUUCUGCAGUGUCUGGGUGUCCUUCGUGCCCACAUAUUUGAGCACCAAAGGGAAGUAUAUGGUGGCCGUACAGGUCUUCUCCAUCUUGGCCUCCAAUGCAGGACUUCUGGGCUGCAUCUUUAUCCCCAAGUGUUUCAUUAUUUUCCUAAGACCAGAUCUGAAUACAAAAGGACAUGUGAUGUCAAAAUAG